CACAGAAGUGCGGAACUGGGAGUAGUACCGUACGAGGACACUCCACGUAAGCGUCCGGAGCGCGCUGGCGAAGCUUCUCGGCCCCAACUCGACGAAGUUCCGGGCGUGCUUCCUACCGCCCCACUACCGGAGCCACCGCCACCUCGUCGAGUUGGAAGCACAGAUUGGUGCGACGUCGGCCGCUGCACUGCGAUGCCGACACCUCGAGAGUGCUUCUGCUGCCGAGAAUUGGCACCGGCCGUGCGGAAGCAACCGACGCGGUGCAUCACGUUGGACGGAGACUUCUCGAAGCUAUGCUUAGAUGUUGCCGUUCUUGCGGUGGCAUACUGCGAAGUCCGUGAGAGCGGUCGUGAGCUUCAACACCAGCUGCACGAGAAGUAUCGCUUUGUGGCAUACCGGCAAUUCACCCGCUGGAUGUGGGGUCGCCUGGGCGCUGGAAACCGGCGAGUUUUGCCAGCAUGUGCUGUUCAUAAAAUAAGAAAAACAUUUCCCUCCCAGAGGUACACUGGCUUCCGGUACCCCUCUCUGGACUCCGCACCAGUGGAUAGUUGA